AUGCCCAGCUAUGAGAAAUUUAUGAAGGAAAUACUCAUAAACAAGAAUAAGUUAGAGGAUUUGGGAACAGUGAUGUUCAAUGAAGAAUGCAGUGCUAUUAUUAACCUUAUGCCUUAUUCUAUUUCCAGGAAACUAAAAUUAGGAGAGACAAAGGCAGCAUUGAUCUCAUUGCAGUUGGCAGACAUGUCCAUAAGAUUUCCUAGGAAAAUUGUUGAAGACAUAUUGCUGAAGAUCAAUAAAUUUAUCUAUCUUGUGGAUUUCGUCAUUCUAGACAUGGUUGAAGAAGCUAAGGACGAACCAUUGAUAUUAGGAAGGCUAUUCCUUGUGAUUUUCAACAUCUUCAGUGCGAUCAAGUAUCCUAUAGAAUCAGAUAGUUGUUUGUACAUUGAUAUGGUGUAUUUGGCUGUGGAAGAGACUUUUAUUCUUGAGCACCCUCAAGACCACUUGGAGAACUUUCUUAUACACUCACAAGAUAAAAAAAAAUCAACAGUUGAAGAGAUAAGUCAGAUCGCCUACAUUAUGGAGUCUAUCUCACCCAUCAGAAGAAAAUAG